CGAUAGCAAAGACCCACUCGGUCUCGAUUUUACGGGAAAAUCUGCUGAAUCUGUACGGAAGGAGAGCCUUCCAAGGUGGCGCGUAGCAGUGACGUGUGACGGGCCUAAUCAAGCCGUUUCUAUACCGUGUUGAUUUAUGGUUCGAAACUUCUAAGUCGAAGGUGCCGCCGCAAAAGUGUAUCAUCGAGAGCUGCACGAAACGAGGAAAUACGAAAUAUCUGGGAAAUUGUUUCUGUUCUUUUACGAUACACAACAGCAUUUCUCCAUAAUAAAGAUAAAACUCGUUUAGCAAUGGCUCUAUUGUCUUACCCACAAUAGCAGCUGCACACACUACUGUAACACCCCCCGAAUGCGAAAACAAGAAGUCUCAUAAAAUCCAAUCCACACGCGAUCGGCGCCCAAAGGGGUGGUGUAUGGUGUAUAAUAAAUACGAGCAGUACUUUAGUGCUUGUUUAUCGUUCCGCUGCCAUGAUAUUGUCGAGCACUCGAUACCGAUAAUUUACCUUCUUCGUCAAAUUCCUCAAAGUGUUGGCGUUUGCCUUCAUAUAUCUUUGGCAGACCCACCAGACUCGCACCUCAAUCGGAACUCAAGGGUGACGGGGCCCAGACGUGAUCAAGCAAAAUCCUUCAAGUGCCAGUGCUGCUUAGGCUUCUUCGAAGAAUACUUCCUGUGAAAAUCUCAAUACAGUUCCAGAAAUCUCUAAAAAUGGGUUUCAAUUCCAAGUAUCACAUCGACGUGGACUUCGAGGUGCCCAAGAAGCUGCAAUGGUACUACGCUCCCGUUUUCUUUGCCUUCUGGCUGUGCCUCUACCUGUCGCUGGUCAACACCCAGAUAAACAGCAUGCCCAAGCCGCUGAUGCGCAGCGACGAGGCCAGUCAUCCGCGCUCCUUCAUAGCACAGCGUGCCGAGGACACUCUCAUCGAACUCACCCGCAUUGGGCCCCGCGUCGUGGGGUCGGUGGCCAAUGAGGUGGCUACCGUUGAGUUUCUGCGCGCAGAGGUGGCCAAGGUGGAGGCCGAGAUGAGCGAUCUUUACGAGAUUGAGAUCGAUGUGCAGCAGGCAAGCGGCGCCUACAUGCACUGGGAAAUGGUCAACAUGUACCAGGGCAUUCAGAACGUGGUCGUGAAGCUGAGCGAACGCAACUCCAGCAACGAGAACUUCCUGCUGAUGAACAGCCACUAUGACUCGGUGCCCGGCAGCCCCGGUGCCGGAGAUGACGGCUCGAUGGUCGUCUCCAUGCUGGAGGUCAUGCGUGUGAUAGCCAAAACAGGCGAUCCGCUGGCCCAUCCAAUUGUUUUCCUGUUCAACGGAGCCGAGGAGAAUCCCCUUCAGGCCUCGCACGCCUUCAUUACACAGCACAAGUGGGCCAAAAACUGCAAAGCUCUCAUCAAUCUGGACUCUGCGGGCAGCGGCGGUCGGGAGAUCCUCUUCCAGUCCGGACCCAAUCAUCCCUGGCUGAUGAAUUACUAUCGCAAUGUGCCGCAUCCAUUCGCCAACACCCUGGCCGAGGAGAUGUUCCAAGCUGGCGUUAUUCCAUCCGACACGGACUUCCGCAUCUUCCGCGACUAUGGCGGCGUUCCCGGCCUGGACAUGGCCUACAUAUUCAAUGGCUAUGUGUACCACACCAAGUACGAUCGGAUAAACGCUUUUCCCAGGGCCUCCUUCCAGCACACGGGCGACAAUGUGCUGUCGCUGGCCAAAGCUCUGGCCAAUGCACCGGAAUUGGACGACACUGCCGCGCACGCUGAGGGCCACAACAUCUUCUAUGACUUUCUGGGCUGGUUCAUGAUAUUCUACACGGAGACCACGAGCAUCAUUGUGAACGUUGUGGUGUCCCUGCUGGCCCUAUUGGCCAUUGGCAUCUCGUUGUACUUCAUGUCCGUGCGCUCGGGAUGCAGCUGGAAGGGUGUCCUGCUGCGCUACGCCAUCACAAUUGGCAUGCAGCUCGCCUCCCUCGUUCUGGCGUUGGGCCUCGCCCUGCUCGUUGCCAUCUUUAUGGAUGGUGUGAAUCGCUCGAUGAGUUGGUUCACCUCCUCGUGGACGAUCUUUGGCCUCUACCUGGCGCCGAUCAUCUUCGGCAUGAGCAUCCUGCCAGCCCUGUAUCUGGAGAAGACGAAACGCGACCCCCUGGGCCUGGGCUUCCGCAUCCAGCUGUUCAUGCACUCGCACUGCUUCUGGCUGAUCGUGAUUAUGGUCACGCUGACGGGACUGAGCAUUCGAUCGGCCUACUUGAUAAUGCUCUGUGUGCUGUUCGAUAUUGUGGCUUUGAUUGUGAACCUGGUGACCAAGUGGCAUCGCAAGGCCUAUUUGUUUGCCAUUGCUGUCACCGUUUGCCAGAUCCUUCCGUUUGUUUACUUCACGUAUCUGUGCACGGCGGCUCUCCUCACUCUGAUGCCCAUGCAGGGACGCUCGGGUUCUUCGUCCAACCCCGAUAUGGGCAUUGCGGCCCUUGUCUGGCUAUUUUCCCUCAUGUUUGCGGGCUUUAUAGUACCGCUGAUCAUGUUCUUCCGCAAGACGAGAACGAUUGUGCUGUGCUUCCUUGGAAUUACAAUCCUGUUCAUUAUAAUUGCGGUCACGAAUGCCGGAUUCCCCUACAAGGAGAAAACCUCCGCCCAGCGCUACUCAUUGAUCCAUGCACAUCGCCGUCUACAUAACGCGGAUGGAACCACUCGCAUGGACGAAUCAGGCCUGUAUAUAUAUCCCCAGGAUCGGCGCAUCGAAAUUGCACGCGACGAAAUCAAUGCCCUCGGAGAGGUGCAGGAGGUCAGCGAAACUUGCGACGAGGAAAUGUUUUGCGGGCUGCCCCUGUACAAUCAUCGCUGGAACAAGGCACGCAAGUAUAGCCUGUGGGUGCCGGUGCCCGAGCUGCCGGAGAUACCCACGGAGUAUCCAACGCUCAUUCUGCAGGACACCAGCGAGCUGGAGAGUGCCACGCGGCGGCGUUUCAACUUCUCGCUGAGUGGUCCGGAUCACAUGGGCAUCUUCGUGAAUCUGAAAAAUGAUGCCAAGCUGGUGGACUGGUCCUUCAACGACACUCUUGUUCGGGAGCAGGCAGAACCGCCGUAUAUGGUGUAUUUCUCCUACGGACUGGACAACAGUACCCUAGAGUUUACCAUCGAUGUGGAGAAGACAACUUCAACGUUCGAUACGCCCACUCUGGAGAUUGGCAUUGGCGGUCACUGGGUGAAUCAGGAUAUAACUGCCAAUGAAAAGCUGAGAAAAUACAUAGAUCGAUUUCCAUCGUACGCCUACAUACAGGGCUGGGUGGGGUCCUACGAGACCUGGUAUUUCUAAGGGGCAGAGAGAUUCGUUUUGCUUUACUAAUGGUAGUCAUUAAGCGUUAUCGAUUAACUGUAUAGAAUCUGAUAAAAAGUACACAUACAUAUUAUAUAUAUUUUAUUAAACCAAUAAAACUACGAA